CCUAGUAACAACCGGAAGCGCAACAGAAUGCUCUGAACAAAACGACUGUGACAAUUGAAUCACGCUCUUGUGUGAUAUUUUUUUCCAUUUAUAGGAAAUACUAAAUCAACAGAUGGCAGAGGGAAAACCUUUUGACAUUUGACUAUCUUAUCCACAUGCGCGCGUCAGAAACCUUUUUACUCGGGAAAAUCAACACCAAGGCGUGCCUGACGAUUAUUGUCGGAUUCUUCACCUGCUUUGCAUGAGAAACUAAUGCCCUUUCUCAUCCAGGAGGCCUAGCUGUUCACUCUGAAGGUGCAGGAUGAAAAGAUGGCACAGCUGCUUGUACCGCCAGGACCAGACAGCUUCCGGCCGUUUUGUCGCGAGUCCCUCAAAGCCAUCGAGAAGCGGAUUGCCGAAGAGAGAGCCAAAAAGUCCAAGACCAAGCCCAGCGACGAUGAGGACAACAGGCGCAAACCCAGCAGUGACCUGGAAGCGGGCAAAUCACUGCCCCUCAUAUACGGGGACAUUCCAAAGGGCUUGGUGUCCACUCCGCUGGAGGACCUGGACGCCUUCUACAGCAACCAAAGAACCUUUAUAGUAUUGAACCGACGGAAGACCACCUUCCGCUUCAACGCUAGUCCUGCUUUGUAUGUUUUAAGCCCUUUCAACCCUAUUAGAAGAAUAUCAAUUAAGAUUUUGGUACACUCAUUGUUCAGCAUGGUAAUCAUGUUCACCAUACUUACCAACUGUGCGUUUAUGACCAUGAAUCGUCCUCCGGAAUGGGCAAAGAAUGUAGAGUACACAUUCACUGGAAUUUACACAUUUGAAUCACUCGUAAAAAUUUUGGCAAGGGGCUUCUGUAUAGGGAAGUUCACCUUUUUACGAGACCCAUGGAACUGGUUGGAUUUCUGUGUUAUUGUAAUGGCAUAUGCCACAGAGGUUGUCGAACUGGGCAAUGUCUCAGCACUGAGAACGUUCAGGGUUCUCCGAGCUCUGAAAACUAUAUCGGUCAUCCCAGGCCUGAAGACCAUUGUAGGAGCUCUGAUCCAGUCAGUGAAAAAACUGUCAGACGUGAUGAUCCUCACUGUAUUCUGCCUAAGUGUCUUUGCCCUGAUAGGGCUGCAGCUGUUUAUGGGCAAUCUACGAAACAAAUGUUUAAAGACACUUGAUAACUCAACCAAACCCAUGAAUGAUACAUGGGAGAGAAACAAUUCCAACUCAGAUGAAACUAGCCUAAUCAACUGGACCAAUUACAUUAAUGAUAUCAAGAAUUAUUACUUCCUCCCAGGUAAAAAGGAUGCUUUGCUUUGCGGAAAUGGGAGUGGUGCUGGGCAGUGCCCAGAGGGAUUCAUUUGCUUCAAAGCGGGCCGGAACCCAGACUACGGCUACACCAGCUUUGACACAUUCGGCUGGGCCUUUCUGUCUCUGUUCAGACUGAUGACUCAGGACUACUGGGAGAACCUCUACCAGCAGACCCUGAGGGCUGCUGGAAAGCCAUACAUGAUCUUCUUUGUGUUGGUCAUUUUCCUGGGCUCCUUCUACCUGGUCAACCUGAUCCUGGCUGUGGUGGCCAUGGCCUAUGAUGAGCAGAACCAGGCCACCAUUGAGGAGGCUCAGCGAAAGGAGGUGGAGUUCCAGGCCAUGGUUGAGCAGCUUAAGAAACAGCAGGAAGAAGCGCAGGCUGCAGCUGUUAUAGCGGCUGAGAGUGGGGAAUUCAGUGAGAGAGGGGGGCUUACUGAAACCUCCUCGGAAGCUUCGAAACUCAGCUCCAAGAGUGCCAAAGAGAGGCGGAACAGGCGAGAGCGAGAGUCUUUCCUGAGUACCCGCCGCCCCGUGUUCUCGUCCAGACGGAUCAGCCGGGCUAGCCUCUUCAGCUUCCGGAGCCAUGCGCGGGAUUUGGGCUCUGAAAAUGAUUUUGCAGACGAUGAGAACAGCACUUUUGAAGAAAACAACAGUCGCAGGGACUCCCUGUUUGUGCCGAGGCGGACUGACCGGCGCUCCAGCAAUGUGAGCCAGAAUAGCAUAAUAUCGUCACACAUCCUGCUGGCGGCCAAUGGGAAAAUGAACAGCUCUGUUGACUGCAAUGGAGUGGUGUCCCUAGUGGGCGGGGCUUCACUCCCCACAGCACCCGAGGGACUCCUUCAACCAGAGGUGCUAGUAGAGAAAGCAUCUGCUGAUGACAAUGGCAGCACUACAGAACCAGAGUACAGGAAGGGCAGAUGUGCAUCAUACCCGACCUCAAUGGACUUCCUGGAGGACCCUUUGGCCCGGCAGAGGGCCUUCAGUGUAGCUAGUGUUAUAACAAACACUAUGGAAGAGCUGGAAGAGUCGAGACAGAAGUGUCCUCCAUGUUGGUACAAGUUCGCCAACACCUUCCUCAUCUGGGAUUGUUGUCCGUCAUGGCUGAGGAUCAGGAAAACAGUCAAGUUGAUCGUGAUGGACCCAUUUGUAGACUUGGCCAUCACCAUAUGUAUUGUUAUGAACACAGUGUUCAUGGCAAUGGAGCAUCAACCAAUGUCACCAGACUUCAACAACAUGCUUACUGUAGGAAACCUGGUGUUUACGGGUAUCUUCACAGCCGAGAUGUGUCUGAAGAUCAUAGCUUUGGACCCAUACUAUUAUUUUCAGGAAGGCUGGAAUAUAUUUGAUGGGAUCAUAGUCAGUUUGAGCUUGAUUGAGCUCGGCUUGGACAAUGUGUCUGGAAUGUCUGUCCUCAGGUCAUUCCGAUUGCUGAGGGUUUUCAAACUGGCCAAGUCUUGGCCCACACUAAACAUGCUAAUCAAGAUCAUCGGUAACUCGGUGGGGGCCCUGGGGAACCUCACCCUGGUCCUGGCCAUCAUCGUCUUCAUCUUCGCCGUGGUGGGAAUGCAGCUGUUUGGGAAGAACUACAGAGAGUGUGUGUGUAAAAUAUCCCAGGACUGUAAGCUUCCUCGUUGGCACAUGAACGACUUCUUCCACUCUUUUCUCAUCGUUUUCCGGGUGCUGUGUGGGGAAUGGAUCGAGACCAUGUGGGACUGCAUGGAGGUCGCCGACCAAUCCAUGUGUCUGUUAGUCUUCAUGUUGGUCAUGGUCAUCGGAAACCUGGUGGUCCUGAAUCUGUUCCUGGCCCUGCUGCUGAGCUCCUUCACUGCUGAUAACCUGGCGGGCACAGAGGAGGACAGGGAGAUGAACAACCUGACCCUGGCCAUUGGCCGCAUACACCAGGGCAUCACUAUCGUCAAGUCCUCUGUGCGCCGCUCAUGCCACUGCAUCUCUCUGGGGAGCAGGAACAGGGACAGCCUGAACGAGGACAAGCCUCUGGAUGAUCUAAAAAAAAACAUGGUGGCCAACUGCAACUCCAACCACACCACUGUGGAGAUUAUUAAAGCUGAACAUGUGAAAGAUGGCAAUGGCACCACCAGCGGGGUGGGCAGUAACGCCGCAGGGAAGUACAUGGUCAGCGACAACGCUGACAACCUGUCAUUCAUUCACAACCCAAGCCUGACUGUCAUGGUGCCCAUCGCUGUGGGGGAGUCGGACUUUGAGAACGUCAUCACUGAGGACUUCAGCAGCGAUUCCUCGGACGUUGAGGGAAGCAAAGAGCAGAUAGCUGAGGAUCACCCGCUGAGCUCCUCUGAGGGCAGUACCGUGGACAUCAGACCCUUAGGAGAGGGAGAUGCCUUGGUGGACAUGGAACCUGAGGAGUCCAUGGAACCCGAAGGGUGUUUCACUGAUGGAUGUGUCAGUAGAUUCCAGUGCUGCGAAGUGAACGUGGAGGAUGGCAAGUGGAAGAUGUGGUGGACACUGAGAAAGACAUGCUUCAGGAUAGUGGAGCACAACUGGUUCGAGAGCUUUAUCAUCUUCAUGAUCUUGCUCAGCAGUGGAGCACUGGCAUUUGAGGACAUCUACAUCGAACAGAGGAAGACUAUUAAGACAGUGUUGGAAUUUGCAGACAAAGUCUUUACCUACAUCUUCAUCUUGGAGAUGUUGCUGAAGUGGGUGGCCUAUGGAUUUGCCAAGUACUUCACCAAUGCAUGGUGCUGGUUAGACUUCCUCAUUGUUGAUGUCUCUCUUGUCAGCCUUGUGGCCAACGCCAUGGGCUACUCUGAUCUGGGUGCUAUCAAGACACUGAGAACCUUCCGAGCGCUAAGGCCUCUGAGAGCGCUCUCCCGCUUCGAGGGCAUGAGGGUGGUGGUCAAUGCUCUUCUUGGUGCCAUCCCAUCCAUCUUCAAUGUACUCCUGGUGUGUCUCAUCUUCUGGCUAAUUUUUAGCAUCAUGGGCGUCAACUUGUUUGCGGGGAAAUACCACCAUUGUGUCAACAAGACCACAAAUGAACGCUUCGAAGUCACAAAGGUGGCUAACAAGGCACAAUGUCAGAAUUCCACAGAUGGCCAAUGGAAGAACGUCAAGAUCAACUUUGAUAAUGUGGGAGCAGGCUAUCUGGCACUGUUGCAAGUGGCUACAUUCAAAGGUUGGAUGGACAUCAUGUAUUCAGCUGUGGACUCUCGCAAUUUGGAUGAUCAACCUGACUAUGAAGUCAAUCUGUACAUGUAUAUAUACUUUGUGGUAUUCAUCAUAUUUGGAUCCUUCUUCACGCUCAACCUCUUCAUUGGUGUCAUUAUAGACAACUUCAAUCAGCAAAAGAAAAAGUUUGGAGGUCAAGACAUCUUUAUGACAGAAGAACAGAAAAAAUACUACAAUGCUAUGAAGAAGCUUGGCUCAAAGAAACCCCAAAAGCCUAUACCCAGGCCAUCGAACAAGUUGCAAGGAUUUGUCUUCGAUUGUAUUACAAAGCAAGCCUUCGACAUUGUCAUCAUGAUUCUUAUAUGCCUUAAUAUGGUCACCAUGAUGGUGGAGACGGAUGAUCAGGACGACAAUAUAAAGGCGAUUCUCUACAAAAUCAACCUGGUGUUUGUUAUCUUGUUCACCGGGGAGUGCAUUCUGAAGAUGGUUUCACUACGCCAAUACUACUUCACAAUUGGUUGGAAUGUAUUUGACUUUAUCGUGGUUAUCUUAUCGAUAAUAGGUAUGUUUCUCUCUGAAAUAAUAGAGAAGUACUUUGUUUCACCGACCUUAUUCCGAGUAAUUCGAUUGGCCCGAAUAGGCCGCAUCCUUCGCCUGAUCAAGAGCGCCAAGGGAAUUCGCACACUCUUGUUUGCGCUUAUGAUGUCACUUCCUGCCCUGUUCAACAUUGGUCUUCUGCUCUUCCUAGUGAUGUUUAUCUUUGCAAUCUUUGCCAUGUCAAGGUUUGCCUAUGUCAAAAAAGAGUCUGGGAUUGAUGACAUGUUCAACUUUGAGACCUUUGGCAACAGCAUGAUCUGCCUGUUCCAGAUCACCACGUCGGGGGGCUGGGACCUCCUUCUGGCACCCCUCCUCAACAACAACAAUAACUCUGAUUGCGACGUCAGCAAGGAGCACCCAGGCAGCAAGUACACUGGAGACUGUGGAAGCCCCACUUUUGCUAUCAUCUUCUUUGUGAGCUACAUUAUCAUCUGUUUCCUCAUCGUGGUCAACAUGUACAUCGCCGUCAUCCUGGAGAACUUCAGUGUGGCCACUGAGGAGAGCGCUGAGCCCCUGAGUGAGGAUGACUUUGAGAUGUUCUACGAGGUCUGGGAAAAGUUCGAUCCGCGGGCCUCACAGUUCAUGGAGUACGAGAAGCUGUCAGAUUUUGCAGAUGCCCUGGAACCCCCACUACGCAUUUCUAAGCCGAAUUACCUCCAGCUGAUCUCCAUGGAUUUACCCAUGGUGAGUGGAGAGCGCAUCCACUGCUUAGACAUCCUGUUCGCCUUCACCAAGCGUGUCUUGGGUGAGGGCGAAGGCCUUGAUAUCCUCAGGGGUCAAAUGGAGGAGCGCUUUAUGGCAUCCAACCCCUCUAAGGUAUCCUAUGAACCCAUCACCACCACAUUGCGUCGCAAACAAGAGGACAUUUCUGCCCUGGUCAUACAGAGAGCUUUUAGAAAGUAUAUGUUCAGGCGUUUUAUUAAACAGAAAUCUAUUAGGUACAAGAAGAUGCAGAGGGGAGGGAUGGUUCUAGAUAAAGAUGUUCUGGUAAUAAACAAAUUGAACAAGAUCUCUACUUCAGACAGAACUGAUAUCACCCCUUCCACAGCAUCUCCCCCAUCAUAUGACAGUGUAACAAAGCUACAGAGAAACAAAUAUGAAACGGAUGAGAGAGAGACAGAGAUAAAGGAGAAAAGGAAGUAAAUGGAUUUUGGAAAAAUGGAACAUGGACAUUUCAUUCCUGGACAAUUUCUUUUAAAUUCUUUGGAACUGACCAAUGUGUCAAGUGGGCCUCUUCUUUGGUGUGGAUACCUAUGCCAAAUUGACCAUGCUUACCUGAGUCUAAAUGUCUUGUUGGUGCGUUAAAUGAGGUAGUGACUCACAUUCUUAGGCUGUAAAGUGGUAUGGCUCAGGACUGUGUGAGGACAAAGAAUAGUUAUAACUGCCAUAUUAUUUAAUAACUUAUUUUUAUUACAGAGUCUUCUUUUUAAUCAUAUUCUUUUUUAAAUUCAUAGGUUGAUCAUGUACUAUUUUUGUAAACAUUUUUUUCUGCAAAAAGAGGGGUUUCAUGUAUUGCUUAGAAGGUUGUUGUUGUUGUUCACUUGACAUGUUAGUACGACUUGACAACUCAUGAUGAUCAUUAUUGCUGCAGUGCAGUUUUUUUGAAGUGUAGGAUGGAAUGCUCACUCAUGGUUAUGCAUGUCGCUUCACACGCCGCCAUCAAAAAUAUUUCUCGUUCUACUUGAUGUCAAAAGAGGUUGUACUUUGAUUAAAGAAAAUUGUUAACACUCAAUGUUUCUUCUUACCAAUACUAGUCAAUAAGAGAACAAUAUUCAUCAGCACAUGUCCAAAUACAACUACAGACAACAUUGUUUACUAUCCAUUUAAGAACAAUAAGAUCGACCAAUGUGAAACACGCUCUAGUAAUGCAUUGUGAUUUCCUGUUUUUACUCAUCAGAAGCAACAAUACAAUACUGAAUACAUUAAGCUUUACAGCCAAAUCACAAAGCUAAUACACACAGUAUUCACAGUCCAGGUCUUCUGUCCAGCUUGUACCUGCGGUUAGGUCCGGAAAUAUUUGGACACUGACACAAUUUUCAUAAUUUGGGCUCUGUACGCCACCACAGUGGAUUUGAA